AUGUACCCACCAGCGCCUUCGAUACCGGCUCCGAUUCCAUUCCAGGCAUCAUCAUCAACACUAUCAACAUCAUUAUCAGCACUUGAAACGCAGAUGCAGCAUGAAAGAAAGGGCAACCACGCUGUUGUUGUUGACGUCAUAAACCCCAGCCUAAGUCGCCCCAUUCAACCCCAACAACCACAAAAUUAUCUUGAGGAUGACGGCAACACUGCUACAGUCAUAUCAGUAACCAGCAACCAUCCAGCCAAACCCGUCAACAAGAAUUUCAACCUGCAGCAAAUUAUCCAACAACGACCUAUGCCAAAGAGACCAAUUAUAAAUAUAGCCCCAAAAAAUCCCAACAAUUCCAACAACAACACCAAUGACAACAGUAAAACCAAUGACAACAACAAAACUAAUAACAACAACAACAGCGACAACAUUAAUAAAUCUAAUGACGCUAACAACAGCAAGGAUUCUAGCACUAACAACAACCCAAAGACUGUCGUCUGGCCGCCACCUACAACCGCGAAAAAAGAGAUUUACCGGACGAAGAAGGAGGUUUCAAAGAUGGCAAUUAAAGAGAACAACCCUGUCAAGCACCUCCAUUUCGAUAAAAACAAACCACUACUUGUCAUGGGUAAGGAGGAGUUGAAGAAAUUAAUAAGCCCAUCAUCAUCAGCAGCAGCAGCAUCAGCAGCAACAACAACAACAACAUCAUCCUCCUCAUCUUCAUCAUCAACAUCAUCCGACAACAAAUCAUUCACAACAAUCACAACGCCGUCAGAAUCUCCUCCUACAUCAGCAAUUAAGACACCACCAGCUGCUGCUGCUGCAGCAGCUUUAGCAGCUGCAACAACAGAAGCGACAACGGUGGCAACGACAGCAGCGACAACGGCAGCAGCUAGCGGCAAGAAACAAAAUGUUAAUAAUGUUGAAGUACCUUUAGCUUACAAGGUGGCACCUCAAAAUAGCAACAUUCCGCGCAACGACGUCACAGGCAACAGCAACAAUUCAAGAGCUAAAAAGAGACUAAAGCACAUCUCAAACAAAAACUUCAACAACGAUGCCAAUAACAGCAACAUCAACAACAACAUCAACAACAGCAACAUCAACAACAACAACACCAACAUCAACAACAACAACAACAACCUCAACGGACAAUCAUCAUUCUCAUCGCCAUCCUCGACCAUAUCGUCGUUAUCGUCUGCAAACUCAUCUAGCAAGACGUCACCAAUUAAUUUGGAUAGGUUAACAGAAGAUGAUAUCGAAGACGAUAGGGAGUUUUUCGAUCUGAAGACUUUAGAAACCAAACAAACUACCUUACAUCUUUUUUCACCAUCAUCUUCAUCAUCACCACCAUCAUCAUUGUCACCGAAAGCAAGGCAUUUGAGUUACUCAGGCGAAUGUUUUAAGCUGAUUAUUAGGAAGGAGGGAGGAUCACGUUUAAAAAGUGUUACGUUCCUCGGAGUCAGUCAUUCAGGUCUGAGGCUCAUGAACCGGGUUCAACUACAGCAGCUGUCGGCACAACAAAAUCAACAGUAUCAGUUCAACACUCUUGAAAUCAUUUCAUACCAAGACAUCAUUGACGUCUGCUGUCCGCAGCCAAAGACGCUACAGAUACACUACAACUCCAUUAAGUACGUUGUCCUGUACUUCAAAGAGAACACAGUGUACGUGAAAGCCAUCGCCAGCUACCAGACCUCUGAAAGUCUGCUACUAAGCUUCAAAAGGGGAGACAUCAUCAAACUGACCAAUAAGGAUCAAGCUGUUCAAGAAGGCUGGUUGUAUGGUACGUUGAAUGGUCGUGUGGGUAUGUUCCCAGCUGAAUACGUCCAGAUUGAUAGUUUUGAGACCAUGACGAAUCAGACGAUGUUUGCGGAGGCAACGAAGAAAUAUCGCAUGCUGGAGUUCGCUAUCAAGCACUUUCGCAAGCCCAUCAACAUGUCCGUAAGCGUAGAUACCGUGACGUCGUACGUGGUACGAUAUGAUAAAGGAUUUAAGAACAAAGAGAAGCAGGACUUCACGUGGCAUAGCUUCAUCGAGCUGUCUCCUAUUGAAUACUCACUGACAAAGAUAGGAUCGGAUAAGUUGAACAAGAUUGCUGUGGACAAAUUUAUAAAUAUAAUGCAGUACAUGAACGACUACCCGAUGCCAAAAGUAGCAGCAGCAACUGAGGCUCCACCCUUACCACCAUCGGCGACAACAUCGUCACUACUAUCAUCGCCGCCGAUAUCGUCAUCAUCAAUUUGUGAUUUAGUCACGCAGAUAUUGUCGUCGUGUUUGGAGUACCCGGAGCUUCGUGAUGAGAUCUACUGCCAACUCGUUAAGCAGACCACAGUCAACAAAAGUUCUAAACCCAUCAUGACAUUAAAUUUCUAUGGCAUCAAUAACAUCGCAAUAGCUAACAAUGGCAUCAAUUUUACUAGUGAGAGUUGCCAGCUUGGUUGGAGGUUGCUGUCACUGUAUGCCUCCUUCUUCAACUGCUCGGAUGCCUUACAUCCCUAUCUCAUCAGAUAUCUCGAAGAGACUGCAUUUGACGAUAGGAGCACUCAUUAUUUGCUGGCGGAAACAUGUUUGUUGAACGUCAGACAGACAAUGGCGUACGGCGGGAGGAAAGUUUUACCAGCCAGGAAUGAAAUAUCGUCUGUGACUGUUGGUCGUAGUACCCGUAUAAUGCCAUUUUUCAUAACGGACACAUGUUCGCCUAGCCUCUCGAUACAAACUUGCACUGUUGCUCGUGACGUCAUCGAUCAGUUAUGUCGUAACAUCGGAAUAUCUAGUGCACUGGAAAGCAUGGAGUAUGUUCUCUACGUCACUGUCGUGUCAGAUUGCUCCUUCCAUCCUCUACAAGACUUCAGCUAUCUCAUGGACACUAUAACAGACUUCUCCUUGCGAAACGAACCAUUCCAGCUGGCACUACGAAGGUUCACUUGGUUGCACGGUUUGACUCUUGACCCGCACCGAUCCACUUACAUUCAGUUAAUGUACGAUCAGGUCAGACCUGAUUACCUCGAUGGCUUCAUGCUAAACAUUCAAUCGAAGAAUCUCAUGCCACAUAUUAAGGAAGAAAUAGCGAGGUUGUGUGCUCUGCAGAUGAAGAUUAAUGACGUUAAGAACUUCGCCGACAAGAAAGAAGUAGAAGCAAACAUUCCAAAGAACGUCUGGAAGACGUCCAGCAGCAACAUCAACCAUUGGGUGGACAAGGUCAAGGUCAUCUGUGGCACUCUGGAAGGAUUCACCACACUUCAAUGCUACUGCCAGUUUCUAGAUAUUUUAUCAAGAUGGCCGUUAUUUGGUUCCAUGUUCUUCUUCAUCAAUUCCGUAUCAAACAACAAAGUGCCCAACAAGUGCAUACUGGCCAUCAACAAAUCAGGACUAUAUUUCUUGGCCAUAAAAACAAACCAAAUUUUGUGGCAAAUACCGAUCCAUGAAGUGUUGAGUGCCCGCUUGAGAGUUGACCCUGCUGACAAGAUGUUCAUCGACAUCAAGCAUGGAAAUCUACUCGUCCAAUCAACUCUACAAAUUCAAACUAACAACGCUGACGCCAUUGGUCUGCUCGUUGACAAAUACAUCCAAAUACUGCAAGCCAACAAAGGUUCCUUUAAGAACCCCGGCAGCACGAGAAGUAUCGACAAAAUUGCUACCGUAGACUCUGCAACAACUGAUGUUUCAAAAUAA